UCAAUCUGCUUUAAGAUGCGCGCACCGGGAAGAUCUACCGACUCCGGUGCAAACAUUCGGGCCACGCUACAUAAAUAUCGAGAGGAAGAGAGAGAGGUAGAGAGUGAGGAAGAGAAGACCAGGCUCAGGUUCGCGGAGUCCGUUCACACUCCUGAGACGCAUCGACUGGUAGAUAUGGAGGACGAGGAGGAGAAGCGUAUGACGGCUAAGGUGCCGGGGGACGGGGAGGCGGCGGUGGAGAGACUGAUGGAGGUGGUGGAGGAGAUCGCGACGAUCUCGGACUACCGGAACGCUUACAAGAAGCAGUUCGGCAAUCUCUCGAGGCGGGUCAAGCUCCUGGCGCCGAUGUUCGAGGAACUGAAAGAGAGCAGGGAACUGAUCCCGGAUGACGCGGUGCGAGGCCUCGUGCAGCUCCGAGAAGCUCUUGAUGCGGCGAGGGAGUUGCUCCGGUUCGGAAGUGGUGGGAGCAAGAUCUGCUUGGUUCUGGAAAGUGAUAAAAUGACAAAAUGGUUCCAAGAAGUUACUGCUCAAUUAGAACAAGCACUGGAUGCAAUUUUGUUUGAUAAACUUGACAUAUCUGAUGAAGUCAGAGAACAAGUUGAGCUUGUUCAUACUCAAUUCAAAAGGGCCAAGGAGCGAGUUGAUAUGCCUGAUGCUGAGUUAUAUGGUGACAUUUCUUUUCUAUAUGAUAAGGCCAGUGACUCUUUUGUUGAUCCUGAAAUCCUUAGUAGAUUAGCUGCAAAAUUGCAGCUAAGCACCAUAUCUGAUCUCACACAAGAAUCACUAGCUUUGCUUGAGAUGGUUGCUGCUAGUGGAGACCCUGAACAGAGUAUAGAGAAAAUGUCAAUGCUCCUAAAGAAAAUCAAGGACUAUGUGCAAACUCAGAAUCCUGAGAUGGGCACUCCAUCAAAUCCCAAAUCUCUUUUUUCUGAUGGAAAGCACCAAGUCCCUCUCAUUCCUGAUGAUUUCCGCUGUCCUAUUUCGCUUGAGCUGAUGAGAGAUCCGGUCAUUGUGGCUACUGGACAGACUUAUGAACGAGCCUGCAUUAAGAAAUGGAUAGAUGCAGGGCAUGACACAUGUCCAAAGACACAACAGAAACUCCCAAAUACAACCUUAACUCCCAACUUUGUUCUUCGAAGCCUUAUAGCCCAGUGGUGUGAAGCCAAUGGCAUGGAUCCACCAAAGUGUCCUUCCAAGCCAAGCAAGCCAUCUUCAGCUUGUUCCCCCGCGGAACGUGCUAACAUCGAUGCUCUCAUUUGCAAGCUAUCCUCUCCAAACAUCGAUGAUCAAAGAUCAGCUGCUGGUGAUAUUCGUUUGCUUGCGAAGCGCAAUGCGGACAACCGCAUUUGCAUUGCUGAGGCUGGCGCUAUUCCGGUCCUCGUGAAUUUGCUGUCCACCACUGACCUGCGCACCCAGGAACAUGCUGUCACUGCUCUUCUAAAUCUGUCCAUAUAUGAGGAUAACAAGGGGAUUAUCAUCUCCUCUGGAGCUGUGCCUGGAAUUGUCCAUGUUUUGAGAAGCGGCAGCAUGGAAGCCCGAGAAAAUGCUGCAGCCACAUUCUUCAGUCUUUCAGUUGUGGAUGAGAACAAGAUAACUAUAGGUGCAUCAGGAGCAAUACCAGCUCUUGUUUCACUACUGAAUGAAGGCAGCCAGAGGGGAAAGAAGGAUGCUGCAACGGCCCUUUUUAAUCUCUGCAUAUACCAGGGGAACAAGGGUCGGGCAGUGAGGGCUGGAGUGGUGCCGACAUUAAUGUUGCUCUUGACAGAGCCUGCUGGAUUAAUGGUGGAUGAGGCACUUGCUAUACUUGCGAUAUUAUCGAGCCACGCCGAGUGCAAAGCGGCGAUUGGGGCGCUUCAAGCUGUUCCAGUGCUAGUAGAGGUUAUCAGGAGUGGUUCGCCGAGAAAUAAGGAGAAUGCUGCUGCUAUUUUGUUGCAUCUCUGCACAGGGGAACAACAGCAGCAGCAUCUCGCCGAGGCUCAGGAGUGCAGCGUCAUGGGAGCCUUGCUAGAAUUGGCUUCAAGUGGCACUGACAGAGGCAAGAGAAAGGCUAUGCAACUGCUCUACAGAAUGACCAGGUUCAUAGAGCAGCAGAGCCAAGCUCAGGCUCAAGUUCAAGCCCAGGCUCAAUCAGAUCAAUCCUCCACAACAGUUUCUGAUUAGAUGUAGGUUGACUUGAUCAAAUAGCCUGUCAUCCUGAUUCAUUCCUGUGUUAUUGUUUGUGUUAUUUCAAACUAAAAAGAGGUGAAGCAGCUAAAGAGAAACAAUGGAGUUCAGGAAUGUUUUCUGAAGCUUUGUGGCACUUUGCAGUGUGAGAACUUCCCUUAGUUUAUUUUUUUUUUAUUAAGGGAAGCAUUGUGUUAAUUAUUGGUAAUUGUCUAUUGCUGAUGUUGUUAUUCUGCCACGUUGCAGUGAUGAUGGAAAUCGAGUAUUUCUCAUCGUUUAUUCUUAGUAGAAAGUUCUACAAACCACUACUGAAAACGUUGCAGACAGAUUUGAAUGCCUUUUUUCUACAGUGGUAUCUA